AUAGCUGGAUGCGAUCACUUUGGUCGUUGCUCGCUUCUUGCAUUGUUCACUGAUCGAAACGCGAAGUGGCUAAGUUCGGAUUUCGUCUUUUCUAGCACUUGCGGUGUGAUCUUGAAGGUUGCGGUCUGCGGAUAUUAUUACGCAGCGAAUUAAUUUUAUAGCGAUUUAGAGCAAAAUAAAUCUUUGUGCAAAAAUUUAAUUAAAUUGUGUCUGAAAUACUUGUGUGUUAAAUAAUCAUUUGUGUGGUAACUGUUCAGAGGAAUACAUUAAAAUGUUUAGCGGAAUCGCAGGUGCGUUCCGAAGCAUUGGAGAAAAAACUGCGUCUCUCUUCGACAGAAAGAAGAAGGAUGCAGAGCAACUCGCUUCAGAGAAGGUCUCGGAGGCGGCGCACGUCGUUGAGGACCAAGUGAAGAAAGCUGGAGAACUAGUUACAGGCGCCGAGAAAAGUGCUUCGGAGGCUGCUAACUCGGCGGCCAACGCCAGAAACUCAGCAAUCGAUGCCCUGGACAAGGAGCUAGCAAAGGUCUCCGUCGCAGCAGGUGAAGCGAAGGACGCCGCUAGCAAAGCUGUGGCUGAUGGCAAGAAAGUCGUUGACACAACUAAAGAUACUCUCUCCACAACCGUCGAUAAUACGAAAAAGGCCGCAGAAUCAGCUAUUACUACAGCAAAAGAUACAGUCCAAAGCACAGUAGAUACAACACAAAAAGCUGCUCAAACUGCCGUAGAGACUGGAAAAUCUUACGCUGCUAGUGCCAAAGAUACUGUAUCGAGUACACUACAAAGCACUGUAGACACAACGCAAAAAACAGCACAGUCUGCUUUUGAUGCUGGAAAGUCAUACGCUUUAGGGGCUAAAGAUACUGUAUCAAGCACAUUACAAAGCACUGUAGACACAACGCAAAAAACAGCACAAUCUGCUUUUGAUACUGGAAAGUCGUACGCUAUUGGCGCUAAAGAUACUGUAUCAAGUACAUUACAAAGCACUGUAGACACAACGCAAAAAACUGCGCAAUCUGCUUUUGAUACUGGAAAGACGUACGCUAUUGGCGCUAAAGAUACUGUAUCAAGUACAUUACAAAGCACUGUAGAUACAACGCAAAAAACUGCGCAAUCUGCUUUUGAUGCUGGAAAGUCGUACGCUAUUGGCGCUAAAGAUACUGUCUCAAGCACAUUACAAAGCACUGUAGACACAACGCAAAAAACGGCACAAUCUGCUUUUGAUGCUGGAAAGACAUACGCUAUUGGCGCUAAAGAUACGGUAGCGAGCACAUUACAAAGCACUAUAGAUUCUACGCAAAAAACAGCACAGUCCACUUACGAUUCGGGAAAGUCGUACGCUAUUGGCGCUAAAGACACUGUAUCAAAUACAUUACAAAGCUCUGUAGAUACAGCACAAAAGACCGCACAAACUGCUUUUGAUACAGGAAAGUCGUAUGCUUUAGGUGCUAAAGAUACUAUAUCGAGCACAUUACAAAAUACUGUAGAUACAACGCAAAAAACCGCACAAUCUGCUUUUGAUACCGGAAAGUCUUACGCUAUUGGCGCCAAAGAUACUGUGGCAAAUACUGUGCAAAACACGGUAGAUACUUCUAAAAAAACUGCUGAAGCAGCUCUAGAAACAGGCAAAUCUUACGCUACAAGCGCAAAAGAUACAGUUGCAAGUGCUGUAAAUAAUUCCAUGGAAGAAUCUAAGAAUAUUGCAAAUUCAGCAGCAGAAACAACAAAAACUUACAUGGAUACCGCUAAAGAUUCAGCCCAAAACUCUCUGCAAUCAGCUUUGGAGUUUUCAAAAGGCUAUGCAUAUUCCGCUUACGACUUAGGAAAGUCUUAUUUAGAUAGUGCUAAAGACACUGUAGCGAGUACUGUAGAUAGUACAAAAAAAGCUGCUGAAAGCACUGUAGAAACCGGAAAAUCUUACAUGGACACAGCUAAAGAUACCGUUCAGAGCACUUUUCAAAGUACAGUAGAUACUACGAAAACAGCUGCUUCAUCAGCUUUUGAGACAGGAAAAUCGUAUGUUGACAACGCCAAAGAUACAUUAGCAAACACUGUACAUGCAACUGUAGAUACAACCAAAAACGUAGCGGCAUGUGCUGUUGAUAAGGGUUCGUCAUUAGUAGGAGCAGCUAAAGAUACCGUAGUAAGCACAGUAGAUACCGCCAAAAACGUAGCAGCUUCUGCAGUAGAUAAGGGUGUCGCGAUUGUUGGAAGUGCUAAAGAUACGGUAGCAAAUACCGUGCAUUCCACAGUAGAUACAACUAAAAAUGUUGCAGCAUCUGCCGUUGAUAAAGGAGCUUCUCUAGUAGAAACGGCUAAAGGCACUGUAGCAAGCACAAUAGAUACGACAAAAAAUGUAGCUUCAUCAGCAGUAGAUAAAGGCAUUUCGUUAGUUGGAACCGCUAAAGAUACGCUAGCCAGUACUGUAGAUACAACAAAGAAUGUAGCUGCUUCUGCUGUCGAUAAAGGGGCAUCAGUACUUGGAGCUGCAAAAGAUACAGUAUCAAAUACACUACAAAGCUCUGUAGAUACGACCAAGAACGUAGUUGGGUCUGUAUACGAUAAAAGUGCUUCAGUAGUUUUAGGCGCAAAAGAUACAGUAACAUCUUCGGUUGAGGGGUCCACGGAGAAUGCUGCAGAUAACACUAAAAGCUUUAUUAAUAAUGCUAAAGAUUUAAUCACCAGCAAAUUCGACGGUGGUAAAUCCUCAACUCAAUCUGCGGUUAAAGAUAUUAGCAACACUACAGAAGAAUCGAUCGACUCAAUAAACGCGACAGUGGAUACGACAAAGAAGACGGCAGAGGAAGCGAAGGCUCAAGCCUUGAAAGCUGCUGAAGCCGCCAAGGAGGAAGCUAAGCGGGCUGCCACCGCAGCAGUAGAGGAGUCCCGCAAGGCGGCCGAGAAAGCCGCCAACGACGCCAGCUCCGCCGUGAACAGCGCUGUCGACAGCACGCUCAAGCGAGUUGAGAAUGCCGCCGACCAGGGCCUGAAGGACGCCGGGCACGUCGUCGACGCUAAGAUCAAGGACGCCGACAAGUACUUGAGCGACAAGCGCGACACGUUGGUGUCAAACAUCUCUACGGCAGCACACGACGGUGCUCAAGGCGCCGCUGGACUGCUCAGCAAGGGACUCGCCUUCCCCAAGUAAUCGCUGCAAACAUCAUUCAUCAGCCGUCACUCCAUCACUAGCGAAACUAGCAUUGUAUAGUAUAUUUUUACACAUACGUAUAACAAAAACUAGCUGACUCGGUGGACUUCGUGCCACCUGAAUUGCCAAAAUGUCAAUUCACAAAUAAAAUUAUCUACUUCAGAUCGAUCGAUGUUCCCGCUGUUCCUAUGGAUUUUCCUUGAUUAUUUUUCUAAACUACCCUUAUUUUAUAUCAAACCGACAAGCUUUUGAAGCUUUUUGGGCUUUAUUUUAUCUACACUGGAUAAUUGUCAAGAGCAUAAUUCACAUAGCCAUGCUCCGUUUUGACGUGCCACUUGUGAAUCGCGUAUAACUUCAUCUACACUUUUAAUAUUAGAUAUUUGUUAAUGAUCUGUUUAUAAUUUUUCCUUUAAUCUAAGUUUCAUUCUAAUUAAACUGCAGUCAUAAAAAAAUUCUGUGUAGUUAAGUUUCCUAUAUCACUUGGUUAUAGUUUUUGUUUGUGAAUUAUAUUUAACAUUUUGAUAUUUUAUAUUUUCUACUAUAGCCUAUUUCUUAUAUACUAACUGUUUAAGUUUGUUCUAUAUAAAUACAAUAAUUGCGUAGGUAUUUUAAUAAUAUACGUAUACUCUAAAGUGCUAUACUACACACAAUUUAUAAAUUAAGACUCAUCUUAUUUUUAUUAUUAUAUUAACUUUAAGUUUUAAUUAUGAUUUAAGUUAUUUUUAGGGAUUUUGUUAUAUUCAAUAAUGCAUUUGGUGUGCAUUUUCAAUUUGAUGAUAUAAAAAUUAUUGCUUGGCAAGUACCGUCCAAACAUUGCUUAAAAGUACGAAAUAUGUCAGUACUACAGCUUAGAUAUAUAUUUUAUAUAAAGUUAUAAAAAUAACGUAUUAAAUAAAAUAAAAUAAUGCUUUCUACAAAAAAUGUUUACAAUACAACUGCUUCGCAGUUUAUUUUAUACGUUUAUAAUAUUAUAUAUUUUAUACUGUAGAAGAAAGAGCCGAUAUACUUGUAACUGCCUACCUACAUUAAUAAUUCUGUUCUCUCUAUAGAUUAUGGCUAAAUGUGAAAGUUUGACGCACAUAUUAAAUAUACACAUAAUAUACUUAUAAAUUAUAUAUUUUACUGUUAUGAAAUUUUAAUGUAUGUUAAAAAGAACAUUUACAAUUCGUUAAUUAAUUUAACGUAGGUACCUAACACAUUUCUUAGUUGGCGCUGAAUUGUGUUAUUUUAUAUUAUGUAUGUAUAGAUUAAAUUUGGAAUUGUUAAUUUAUUUAAAACGUCAUGUGCCUAUUGUGUUGUUCAAUAAAUGCAUUACCAUCGCUGA